AUGACCAACAGUUCAGGGACUCUUGAUAGAUGGAGGGAGUAUUUCAGGAGUUCAAAUUCAGAUAUCUUUAUUAUAAUUGAGCACGCAAUUAUGGUAGCAGCCUUUGAUUGUCCUCAUGACUUCAAACUGAAGAGGGGGAGAAUUACGGAGAUGCUUUUCACAUGUAAACAAACAAAGUGUUUUGGAUGCGAAAGAAUUGAAUUGGCUGUUCCAUGUGAACAUGAUGCAGAAAAAAGUGAUGAGAAGUACAAAAGUGAAAAUGAGGCUGGUGGGAGUAAAGACACAAAAGAAAGCACAGUGCAUAGCAAUGGAGAUGAUGAUCAUACGGAGAUGAAUGUGAAUCAUGUCAACAAUUUCAGUUACGGAGAAGCAGAGGCAUUGACUGAUGAACUUGAGGAGGAAUCUCAGUUGCUUGGAGAGGUUUUGAGGAUUAAAGAAAUUCUUGACAACAGUGAAGAAGAGUCUGCUUCAUUAUUGUUUGACUCACUGAGGAGGCUUCAACUGAUGCCUUUGUCCGUAGAGAUUCUGAAGGCUGCGGAGAUUGGAAAGUCCGUUAAUGCUCUGCGGAAGCAUGGAUCAAAGGAGAUUCGUAAUCUUGUAAAAGCAUUAGUUGGGGAUUGGAAAAUCAUGGUUGAUGAAUGGGCUAAUGCUACAGAGGCCAUUACAGGUGCAGAAGUGGCAAAAGAAUCAGUGAAAACGUCUGCUUUUGAAGAAGAGGAAGGGCUUCCGUCUCCUCCAAUGGACGAAGGAGCCUUUUUUGCUACACCUACUUCAAUGGAACUGUUACAGUUCUUUGACGGCAUAGAUGAUGAUGGAACUGGGGACAUUGUUCUGGAUCCUCGAAACAGUGGGGAAUUCAACAAGAACCGCGAAAAUGGCAGAAAGCCAACGCUUGGGAAACCAAGCAUCCCAAAAUGGAAAGACGAGACUCCCGAAUUCAACAAUAACCAUGAAAAUGGCAGAACGCCGAUACUUGAGAAAUCUAGUAUCCCUAAAAGGAAAGAUCGGACUCCCGAUUCAAGUACUCGUCCAAAGGAUGCAAAAGAUGAACGAAAGAAGGAUUCGGAAGCUGUGGUGAUGAAACAAACUCCUAUGUGUAAACCAAAUAAGCUGCCCAGCCAUGAAACUGGACCCAGGAUGCCGAGACCAGCCUUGCAAAACAAGGUUAAAAAUGAGAUAAAGGUCCUGCAGAAAGCGGACAAAGGCAUGAUUCAGAAGAAACCCAUGCCGCCUCAACAAGAUAAGUUGAGGGGCAAUGAUGAGGCUUCGGUGCGAGAAAAAUUAGAGGCUGCAAAGAGGAAGCUCCACGAGCGCUAUCUAGAAGCUGAAAACGCCAAGAAGCAGCGGACAGUACAAGUUGUGGAGUUCUGUGAUCUCCCCAAGCAGAGUCUUGCCCAGAGGAACCAGCACAUGAGGCCUGGAAACCAUAACAGGCACUGGGCAAAUGGACGUCGGUAG